AUGGCGGGCGACACGGAGGCGCCGCACGUCGUGGAGGACUGCCGCGGCGUGCUGCAGGUGCUCAGCGACGGGACGACCGUGCGCUCCGCCGCGGCGCCGUACACGGUGGAGGACCGCGACGACGGGCGCGUCGAGUGGAGGGACGCCGUGUACCACCCGGCCCACGGCCUCGGCGUGCGAAUGUACCGGCCGGCGCGCCGGGAGGGGAAGGGGAAGGAGCGGCUGCCGGUGCUGGCCUACUUCCACGGCGGCGGCUUCUGCAUUGGCAGCCGCGCCUGGCCCUCCGUGCACGCCUGCUGCCUCCGCUUCGCCCACGAGCUCCCCGCCCUCGUGCUCUCCUUCGACUACCGCCUCGCGCCCGAGCACCGCCUCCCGGCCGCCCACGAGGACGCCGCCGCCGCCCUCGCCUGGCUCCGCGACCGCCUCGCCCCCGGGCCUGCUGACGGAUCUGGGUCUGACGAGGACGUCCGCUCCUGGCUCGCGGACUCUGGCGCCGACACGGGGAGGCUCUUCGUGUCCGGCGACUCCGCCGGCGCCAACAUCGCGCACCACAUGGCCGCGCGCUUCGGCGCGGCGGGACUCGGCCCCGUCAGGAUCGCUGGGUACGCCCUCCUCAUGCCGGCGUUCACCUCCGAGGCGCCGACGCAGUCCGAGCUGGGCUCGCGGGGCAGCGCGUUCCUGAGCCGGGACGUGGCCGAGCGGUACAACCGGCUCGCCCUGCCGGCCGGCGCCAACAAGGACUACCCGCUGAUGAACCCGCUCGGACCGGACAGCCCGGGCCUGGGACUUGUGGACGGCCGCGUGCUCGUCGUCGUGGGCGGCGACGACAUGCUGAAGGACAACCAGGUCCGGUACGUGGAGCGGAUGAAGGCCGUGGGGAACGACGUGGAGCUCGCCGUGUUCGCGGGCAAGGAGCACGGCUUCUUCUCGAGGGACCCGUGGUCGGAGACCAGCGGCGAGGUCGUGCGAGUCGUCGGCCGGUUCAUGGGCAGAGACGCAGCCGAUUCAACAGGCGCCGACGGUCAGGACUAA